AUGGCGAGCAUUAAGGUGCCACUUGGGCAACCGAUUGUCUCCGCAAAAAGAAAAUGGAGAUCCUACGACCUGCUUGACAUGCCAGAUAAAGAGAGGCCAAUAGAUCUGAUGCGGAAUAAGAUUAAAAAGAGCUUCAGAAGGCUAAAAAGCUCGUCAAAUUUGAUCAAAAGCAGAUAUGGCAGUGAGGACCUCCUUGACCAGGGUGGAAAACAUCCUGUCCUUGACGAAAAAGGAUUCAAUUUUAAUGAGUUUCGAUCUCCAACGAAAUCCGCCUCAUCCAAAGCUGACAUUGACUCCGGUUUCGACGAGACACAAUCGGCAGGGACCUUCACGCAAAUUCAGAUUCAGAUCAAGGAGACAAAUUUGCCAGAUGGCGUCAAGGUCACGUGGAACGUCGCUGGCGUUUCUUCUGGUCUCCGAGAACUCGAGGAAACCGUCAUUCUCGAUGGAAUAUUCGAUUCGAAUUCGCUGGCAAAAUGCACAUUCAUAAAAAAUGUGGAACACCCAACUAUCGAGCACGAGCAAUUACUUGGCGAAUACCUCUCCGGCUCCUCAACUAUCGAGUUGGAAGGUCAUUUCUUCACGGUGGUCGUGAACCCGACAAAGCAAUCAUUGGCGACCGCGCUGAUUGUGGCUAAUGCCGAGGCAAUGGUGCUUUCCAGUCCAAGAACACGCUCAAUAAUGAAUCGAGAAAAGACAGAAACUCGCUUGUUUUGA